UUUUCCUCAUCCCACCUCACCUUUAAUUCCAAACACUGCAACCUCUUCUCCUCCUCCUCCCCUCAACCUUUGCUUCCCCUUUACUCUCUCUCUCUUCAUGUGUGAGCGUGUGUGCUGUGUUCGUCUUUCCGGCUUCCUCUCUCCCGCAAAGAAGCAAAGGUCACUUGCCCGUCUCCCGUCUCCGCAUUUCGGUACCACUCCACACAGGGGGGAGCAGCGACCGGCAAGCGCCCGGCUUUUCUAGCUCUAAGGGGAGGGCGAAGCUGGAGUUCUUGAUGAAAUCCUUGUCCAGUGGGACUGGAUUAGACGUCCUGUGGAGAUAAAUCAAUUAGGAUAAGUUUGUAAAUUCUGCUGGCAAAUCGGCACAGGAUUCUGAAUUACGCAAACAUCUCAACAAUUGGUCAUCAGACUCACUGAAGAGAAUAUGUCGUCACCCAACAAUUCCAUCAGUGAAGCAUUAUCACAGACAACACCCGUGUUUAGUUUGAGAGUAUGGGUCUUGAUUGCCAUUGGCAUUGGGAUCCUGAUGGCAAUUUUGUUCAUCAUGGUAUUGUGGCUUUCCAUCAGAAGGAAAAAGAAGACAGGGAAAGGAUUCGACAACACAUCGCAAACAGAGAUACCUAUUGUGUCGAAGGAAAUCAACAUUGAUAGAGUUGAUGCACAAAGUCUGAAUGGCACCGAAGUAUCCUUCAUGCCAGUGCAUGAUAAAUAUACACAAAUGAAGGGUGUACCACCUUUGGCAGAGACUAGAUCUGUUGAUGUCGAUGCAUUCAGCCAAUGCAGCUCAUUGUACAACAUAGAGAAGGCUGGAAGCUCGUACUCUGAAGAUUACAACAGCUCAGGUCCAAAGAGGGCAGGCAGUUCACCAUAUGGACAUGCGUCAGCUUCACCGCUGGUUGGCCUGCCUGAGUUAUCUCAUUUGGGCUGGGGCCACUGGUUUACCUUGAGGGACCUUGAGCUCGCAACAAAUCGGUUUGCCAAGAGCAAUAUCCUUGGAGAGGGUGGCUAUGGAGUUGUCUACAAAGGUCGACUGAUGAAUGGGACUGAGGUAGCUGUGAAGAAGAUCCUUAACAACGUAGGGCAGGCAGAGAAGGAAUUUAGAGUCGAAGUUGAAGCCAUAGGUCAUGUUCGGCAUAAGAAUCUGGUGCGGCUACUGGGGUACUGUGUGGAAGGGAUACAUAGGAUGCUUGUCUACGAGUAUGUAAACAAUGGCAACCUAGAGCAAUGGCUUCAUGGAGCCAUGACUCAACAUGGCAUCCUUAGUUGGGAAAGCCGUAUGAAGAUUCUCCUUGGGACAGCAAAAGCGCUCGCAUACCUUCAUGAAGCCAUAGACCCCAAAGUCGUGCACCGAGAUAUCAAGUCAAGUAAUAUCUUAAUUGACAAUGAAUUCAGUAGCAAGGUUUCUGAUUUUGGGUUAGCAAAGCUUCUGGAUUCCGAUGCAAGCCAUAUCAAUACAAGAGUGAUGGGAACAUAUGGGUAUGUUGCACCUGAAUAUGCGAAUAGUGGGAUGCUGAAUGAAAAGAGUGAUAUUUACAGUUUUGGAGUUGUGUUGUUGGAAUGUGUGACAGCUAGGGAUCCAGUUGAUUACAGUAAGCCUGCAGAUGAGGCGAAUCUUGUAGAGUGGCUUAAAAUGAUGGUUAGCAAUAAGAGGGCAGAGGAGGUCGUGGACCCAAACCUUGAGAUUAAACCACCUAAACGUGCCCUUAAGCGAGCUAUCUUGGUUGGCCUGAAGUGUGUUGAUCCUGAUGCUGACAAGAGGCCAAAGAUGAGCCAUGUUGUCCAAAUGCUUGAGGCCGUUCAGAAAGCAUAUCACGAAGACCUGAAAAAGCACAGCCAGAUGGGCAGCAUUGAUAUCGAGUCGCAGCAGUCAUUAGAGGAGCUGUCAAACAGUGCCGACGUCUGAAGCUACAAUUCUGAACAAGCACAAAAAAAUAGGACCCCUGAAGUCAUUUGGUAGUAACAGCUGAUUUGAUCGAUGUUGGAUACUUCAAUAGAGUGAGUCAAACAGGUUGACAAUUUGCAAAUAUUGCAGGCUGCAAAUUCAGUUAGGAGCAAGCUGCUCAUUUCUGUAUAUUUCUUUUCCUCCUUUUAGAGGAUUGCUUCUAUACUCCCCUGAAAGAAUUACCUCACUGUUUGUUUUUUCUGUGGAUGAGUCGUCCUUCAACUCGUUUACGCUAGCGUAUGCUUAGUCUUCUUUCAGGGGAGCAUAGAAGCGCUCUCGUUGCCUUACUUCAUCACUCUGACAGGAGGAACUGAUUUCAAAUGCAUGACUAUAGAUACCGGAUUCCGUUGCCCGUGUA